CCGUCCUUGAGGUGGGAGGUGUGUGUGCUCAGAGGAACCGGGGGUCGCCUGUCUGUGUGCGUGUGUGCGUGUGUGUGUUUGUGUGUGUGUGUGUGUGUGUGUGUGUGUGGGGGUGUUUGUGUGUCGGCCGGCCGGCCGAGCAUCAUCUCGGACUCACUACCAGACCCGGAGCCGACCGAGUCUCCCUCUGGACGCUGCGCUCCGAUGUGUGUGACAGCGCGCUGCGGGCUUCUCCCCAGUCUCGCGCGGCCCAGAUGACCCGGAUCCAGAGCCCGGCUCAGGUGAAGUGUCUGUGUGUGCUGGUGUUGCUGAGCUUCCCCUUGACGAUGGCCGAGGUGCCCGGGCCGUGCCGACACUCCGUCACCAGGGAGCACCUGCUGACCCUCCGGCAUCUGAUGGAUAACCAGUUGAGGAGCGGGUGCACGAUAACCUACACCUUCAUAGAGCGGAGAAGUUUGAGCAAGUGUUGCUUUGUGAAAGCGGCCCUACCCUGGAUCCUGGAGCUGCUCACAACCCACUUCAAAUACAGCCGGGGGUCGGUCAACGACGGCUACGUCCAGUCCCUGCGAGCGCUCGUCCUCAACAUCUACUCCCAGAAGUGCGUGCCUCAGAUCGACGAGGAGGUGGAGGACAAGCCGGAGAGCUUCGAGCUCGUCUGCCGGGGCUCCACCGUGGAGGCGCUGCAGAUGGCGUCGGAGGCGCUGUCCGUCUACUGGGAGCUGGUGACGACGAGCGCCGCGCCGGUGGACUGGAGGUGCCAGGACGAGUACGCGGAAACGUUCGGCUCCACCACCGCGGAGCUGUACACGGAGUCGCCCACGCCGCACUUCACAGACGGCUUCGGUAGGAGUUCGGCGAAGGCCUCGGAUAGGAGACCGGUCCGAGACGUGUACCUCCUCGGCCUGAUCCUGGUCUCCGUCGGCGGAGGACUGCUACUCGUACUCACCCUCUACUGCCUCGUCACGCAAAAGACGACUCAACGCCGGCGAACCAACAGGCAGGAGGCGGAGCCGCAGUGAUGUCACGGCGUCGCACCGCCGUUCACGCCAGCGGCCAUCUUUCAUACUCUGUGUUCCGGCCUCUCGGGGCCAGAGACCACCAACGAGCUGCACGCCAUCGCGCCACAAGCGCCCCCAUCGGCGUCGUUGUUGUUGUUUACCCUUUUAAUCAGAAGCUCUGCUUUUUGCCUGAGAGUAAAUAAGGGGCCUUAUUUUAAAUAAUAUGGUAUGUAUAUUGUGCUGUAUUACAGAUAUCUUUUUUUUUACACUAAUUAUAUAUUAUAUGUUGAACCGCUGCCACUUAACCCAUUGUGUGUUUGUUUGUUUGUUUGUUUGUCUGUUUGUUUGUUUGACUGUUUGUUUGUCUGUUUAUUUGUGUCUGUUUGUCUGUUUGUUUGUUUGCCAAAAACAUUUCCACAAGUUAUUUAUUCGUUUGACUCAACUAUUCAACCAGUGUAUUGAUAAUAAAGCUUACAUCCAAAAAAAAGAA